AUGAGAUUCCUCACGCUUUUCUCGCUGAUUUGCUCUUUCCUUCUCGUCGUGCAGGCCCAGCCGCCCGCACAGAACUGGGAAAACGUCAAGUACGAAAGAAUGGUGGACGUUCUCAAGUCCUACGUCAAGGAACGGCACGUUAUCCAUGCCAAGAACAUAGCCGUCGAGCCCACCGACGAGUACUACUUUGCGAUCCCCAGCUACCUGAAAGACGAGGUUUCGCUGUUCGUGGCGAUCAUCGACAAGCCGCGGUACCAGGACCCGCUUCUGACGGCCGAAUUGGUCGAGGACCUGUCGUCGGACGAAAUUGCCUACUACAAAACUAAGCUUCCGUACCCAAUUGCUCCAAAAUCCGAGAUCCAUCUGUCUUUCUCGUUUAUCCUCACAAACCAGCUCGAGGCGGCUCCUAAAGAAGGCCCAAUGGGCGCCAAACAGACAAUCUUCUUCAAAACCACAAGACUGGCUCUUUCUGCCUACGACACUCUCCAAUACGAGCUGAAAAUUCUCGGUGCCAACGAGGCUCAGGAAGUGUUGGUCGACCUGCCCGCCAACGUUGAUCCCGAGGAGUUCAAGCCGUCUGUGCAAAACAGGUUCCUUGUUUACGGUCCGUACACCAAACGGUUCAAAGCACACAGCAACCUGCCGUUGGUGUUGAUUUUCACCAAGAUCCAGCCGCUCCCCUUCGUGCACAGCCUCAAGAGAGACUUCUGGGUGUCGCACUGGAGCGACUCGUUGCAGUUGGAGGAGUACUACGAGCUCACCAACCACGGAAUCCAGCUCAGCCAGGGCUUCUCCAGAGUCGACUGGAUGAACGGUAAGUACACAAUGAGACCAACACCUGUGAUCACCUCGAUCCAGAUACCUUUGCCAAAGGACGUGGACACCACAGACGUUUACUUCGUCGACAAGGUCGGCAACGUGAGCACCUCGCUGUUCCACAACGGCGAGCUCGUGCUCAAGCCCCGGUUCCCUAUUUUUGGUGGCUGGAACUACAACUUCACCAUUGGAUGGUCCAACAAGCUCUCGAGCUUCCUGAAACACAACAACGACAACCACGUGCUGCGCGUGCCUCUUCUCAACGGGCUGAACGACGCAACCUACGAAAACGUCGAGUUCUCGGUGUAUCUUCCUGAAGGAGCCAAGUUUAUCAACAUCGAGAGUCCAAUCGACUACAAGGAGCUUACUGUUAGCCAGGAGUUCUCCUACCUAGACAUCACCACGGGCCACACCAAGGUCACGCUGGUGUACGACAACCUGGUGGACGAGAUGAGAGACUUGGAGGUGCUUGUGGAGUACGAGUAUGGACUGGCUGGUCUGCUCCGCAAGCCUCUGGCUGCGUCCGUGUACAUUUUUGGAGCCUUGCUUGGUCUGUUCUUCCUGCGGAAAAUCGACCUCUCCAUCAAACCUUCCGCAUAA